AUGAUCGUUCUUGUCGUGGGAGCCUUCCCGUCGCUGAACCCAGCUUCGAUCGCCAUGGAUUUCGAGAUGACUGUCAUCAACGCUUUCAUCGCGGCUUUCCCGAAUGCCGAAAUUCACGGUUGCUUAUUCCAUUUGGUCAAAAGUGUGAGGAAAAAGCUAUCGUCCUUGAAUCUCCUGAAACGCUACAAUGCAGAUUCGAAUUUCUCGCUCUGGUCUCGAAUGAUCCCGGCGAUGGCCUUCGUGAGAGAAGAUCUUCUUGACAGACCAAUGAUGGCUCUUCUGGAAGUUUUACCAGAAGAGUUGAAACCCGUCUACACUCACUUCGAGCUUACGUAUGUGGGUCGCAUACUCAGCGUUCGUCUAGAUGGGUCAGUCAUCAGGGACAAUCCGCUCUUCAGCUCCGAUAUUAGGUCGGUCCAUGAAAGGACUCUCAACGGUGAGAGCCGCACCAACAACUUCGCUGAAGCUGCUCAUCGAAAACUCCAGGGGGCUUUCGGCGUCUGCCAUCUUUCCAUCUGGAAGUUCAUAGAUGGUCUCCGGCAUGUGCAGCACAAGGCAGACGCCGAGCUUGAGCGAUACAUUAUAGGAUCUGCGCCGGCUCCAAAAAGACGCAGAUAUCUGAAUACGGACGCCAAUUUGCUCGAGUUGGUCCGUACCAUCGAGAAUCGAGAGCCGGUGGCCUUUCUGCGAGGGAUCGCAAACAAUUCCCUCAUGGACAACUAG